AGUGAUGUCGAUUUUGAAAAAGUUCUUUUGCACGGAACCCAGAAACCCAUCAAUGCGGAAGAAUCGAAAGGACGAGCAGGUACGAACGAGUACGUACAUACGAGUUCGGUACAGUGCAGACACUGCGAUGCCACACCGUACCUCGCAGGGGUUCCCAAAACUGCCACCGAGAAGGUACGAGUACGUAUCGCGACCGCGGGAGAAUGCUUGUUCCCCCGAACCGAACCGAACCACCACGGACCAAACCACCGCGUCGUCGCGUCGCGUCCCGGCGGGUCGGGUCGGACGGUUGGUUCCACGGUGCAACGCAACGGCGGGUGGCGACCUCCUGCUAUGCUCCCAGCCACUGCGGAAGAGAAUCCACGGCAAAAACGCGCCCCCGCAACGACUCACUCCGGGAACGGAACCGGCGGAGGGACAGCGAUGGCCCGUGCCGGGUGUCGUCUCCCGGCAGGGCCCCGGAUCUACCGACGGGUCCGGUGCAAUGCAGGAACGACCGGACGGGAUCGAUCGAUCGAUCGAUCCCGGCCUGCUCACCAAACACGGCAUCCUCCAGAGCAACGCAUGCAUGCAUUGGACGGACGGGCCGCCGGCGCACAACCGAGAGCCCGGGGAGUCCGUUCUGCGGCACCCGCUGGAAGUCCGUGCGCUGCUUGCUGCGAUCCGUUUCGGACCGUCGCAUCAAGCCCUUAAAAAACGUAAACGUGUUUUGAUUGCAGUUGUUUCCUAUUAUAUUUAUCAAUGC